AUUUGAAAGCCAUGUGGUCCAUGCUCAAGAACGUUGCGUCGGUCAAGGUUUUUUACUUAGUCUUUACCCGCAUCAUUUUGGCGACUUUUUGGCGCAACUUGUGGUACUGGAACACCUUGGAAGACCGACUCCUGGCUUACGUCAAAAAGACGGCCGUAGAGGGCGACCCGGCUAGCGUCCUUGCAGCCUUUGAGAAAUACAUUCAGAAUUACGAGUGGACGAUUGCGAUAAAAUCCGCGCAAAAACAAAAGACGGAAGAAGUUGUCAAGAAGGCGGCCCCGAAAAUCUGCUUCGAGAUGGGUUGCUACGUGGGCUUGUCAGCCAUUACCGUGGCUAGUCAGAUUCCGCCGGGUGGUCGCCUGAUCACUGUGGAGUAUGUACCAAAAACAGCCGAUGUGGCGAGGGAACUAGUCCACUUUGCUGGUCUUGAUCAGGUUAUAACUGUGGUCACAGGAACGGCAGAAGACACCAUUAAAGUCCUCCGCAGCGAGUACCACGUGGACAAGCUGGAUUUCGUCUUCGUCGAUCAUUGCAAGUGGCAGUACCUACCCGACCUUAAGCUACUGGAGAAAGAGCGGUUGCUACGCAAGGGAACCAUUAUCAUGGCUGACGACACGCUGUGGCCUGGUGCCCCUGACUACCUCGAAUACGUGGAGAACGACCCCAGGUACCAGACCGAGCGAUUUUACCGCACAGUGCCCAUGUUCAACGUACGUGACGCUUUGGCAAUUUCUGUCUACACAGGGGACGAUUAA